AUGGCCGGCCAAACGACCAAUACCAAUACCAAUCCCGCCCAGCAACAGACACACCAGCAGCACAAGCGAAAAUGCCGCGAUCUCGGCCGGCGCCUAAUCCCCGCGAGACUCCUGCUGGGCGUCCUCGUGGCCAUCAGCCUCCUUGCACCCGCCCUCGCACUCCAGUCGCCGCCGGACAAGAACUUCUCCGGCGACAACCGCAAGCCCGCCUUCCGCAACUGCGCCGGCUACGCCCCGAAGGUGAAGGAGGAGCAGUCGGAGAACACCUACGUGCUGACCGUCCAGGCCGACGACCCCGAUCCCGACCAGACCAUCCGCUACAGCCUCGUCCAGUCGCCCUUCGAGCGGCCCAAGUUCUUCAUCCACCCCACCUCCGGCGUGAUCACCACCACGCACACCUUCGACCGCGACGAGCCCAUCCACGAGAAGUUCGUCUUCGUCACCGUCCAGGCCACGGAUAACGGCCUUCCGCCGCUGGACGACGUCUGCACCUUCAACGUGACCAUCGAGGACAUCAACGACAACGCGCCCGCCUUCAACAAGGCGCGGUACGACGAGUCCAUGUCGGAGAAUGCCCAGCCCGACGCGGUGGUGAUGUCCAUCAGUGCCAGCGACUUUGACGACGGCAACAACAGCUUGGUGGAGUACGAGAUUCUGCGGGAGCGCGACUUCCAGUACUUCAAGAUCGACAAGGAGUCGGGCAUCAUCUAUCUGAAGCGGUCGAUCGACAAGCGACCCGGCCAAUCGUACGCGAUAAUAGUAAGGGCCUAUAAUGUAGUGGAUCCGCCGCAGGAUGCGCAGAUAGAGGUGCGCAUCCGGGUGGUGGAGUCCUCGAUUAAGCCACCUUCGUUCGUAAAUCCCAUCGACACACCCAUCUACCUGAAGGAGAAUCUCAAGAACUUCACCCAUCCGAUUGCCACGCUGCGGGCCGUUUCCAAUAUGCCGGACAAGCCGGAGGUGAUCUUCGAGCUGAACACCGGGCGCACGGAGCAGACGAACAGCAAGAACACCUUUGUGUUCAACCAGAUCGGCAACGAGGUGACCAUUAGCCUGGGCAAGACCCUCGACUACGAGGCCAUCACGGACUACACGCUCACCAUGAUUGUGCGCAACACGCACGAACUGGGCACCGAGCACCAGAUCAAGAUCCAGGUGGAGGACGUCAACGACAAUAUACCCUACUACACGGAGGUCAAAUCGGGCACGAUUCUGGAGAACGAACCUCCUGGCACGCCGGUGAUGCAGGUGCGCGCCUUCGACAUGGACGGCACGGCGGCGAAUAACAUAGUCUCCUUUGAGCUGGCCGACAACCGGGAGUACUUCACCAUCGAUCCCAAUACGGGUAAUAUUACAGCCUUGACUACUUUCGAUCGGGAGGAGCGUGACUUCUAUAACGUCAAGGUGAUUGCCAGCGAUAAUUCACCCUCCAGUUUGUUUGACAACGGGGAGCCUAAUCGGGGCCACCAGGUAUUCCGCAUUGCCAUCGGCGACAAGAACGACCACAAGCCGCACUUCCAGCAGGAUAGAUAUUUAGCGGAGCGACUGCUCGAGGAUGCCAACACGAAUACGGAGGUGAUUGAGGUGAAGGCCGAGGACGAGGACAACGCCUCGCAGAUCCUCUACAGCAUCGAGAGCGGCAAUGUGGGGGAUGCCUUCAAGAUUGGCCUGAAAACAGGCAAGAUCACCGUGAACCAGAAGCUGGACUACGAAACUAUCACGGAGUACGAACUAAAAGUACGCGCCUUCGAUGGCAUCUACGACGAUUACACCACGGUGAUUAUCAAGAUAGAGGAUGUUAAUGACAAUCCGCCGGUGUUUAAGCAGGACUACAGCGUGACCAUCCUGGAGGAGACCACCUACGACGACUGCAUUCUCACUGUGGAGGCCUACGAUCCCGAUAUCAAGGAUCGCAAUGCGGAGCAACACAUUGUGUACUCGAUUCACCAGAACGACGGCAACCGCUGGAGCAUCGACAACAGCGGCUGCCUGCGACUGCUGACCACGCUGGACCGCGAUCCGCCGAAUGGCCACAAGAACUGGCAGGUGCUGAUCAAAGCGAACGAUGAGGAUGGCGUAGGGACAUCAGUAAGCGCCGUGAAGGAGGUGACGAUUACGCUGAAGGACAUCAACGACAAUGCUCCCUUCCUGGUCAACGAAAUGCCCGUCUACUGGCCGGAGAACCGCAAUCCCGGCCUGGUGGUGCAGCUGCAGGCGAACGACUACGACGACACCCCGGGUGCGGGCAACUUCACCUUCGGCAUCGACAGCGAGGCCUCCGCGGACAUCAAGACCAAGUUCAGCAUGGACGGCGACUACCUGCACGCCAAUGUGCAGUUCGAUCGGGAGGCCCAGAAGGAGUACUUCAUCCCCAUUCGCAUCAGUGACUCUGGUGUUCCCCGCCAGAGUGCCGUGAGCAUCCUGCACCUGGUCAUCGGCGAUGUGAACGACAAUGCGAUGAGCGAGGGCUCGUCGCGCAUCUUCAUCUACAACUACAAGGGCGAGGCGCCCGAGACCGACAUUGGUCGCGUGUUCGUGGACGAUCUGGACGACUGGGAUUUGGAGGACAAGUACUUCGAGUGGAAGGACCUGCCGCACGACCAGUUCCGGCUGAAUCCGAGCACCGGAAUGAUCACCAUGCUGCUGCACACCGCCGAGGGAGAGUACGAGCUAUCGUUUGUGGUCACCGAGGAGUCGAUGUUCGUGCCCCGUCACUCCGUGGACGCCUAUGUCACCGUGGUGGUGCGCGAGCUGCCCGAGGAGGCGGUGGACAAGAGCGGCAGCAUCCGGUUCAUCAACGUGACCAAGGAGGAGUUCAUCAGCGUGCCGCGCGACAUUCAAUCCCCCGAGGCGCUCUCCCUCAAGGAUCGCCUGCAAUUGUCGCUUUCCAAGCUGUUCAACACCUCCGUUUCCAAUGUGGACGUGUUCACGGUGCUGCAGAACGAGAAUCGCACGCUCGACGUGCGCUACUCGGCACAUGGAUCACCGUACUACGCCCCGGAAAAGCUCAACGGCAUCGUGGCCCAGAACCAGCAGCGCCUGGAGAACGAACUCGAUUUGCAGAUGCUGAUGGUGAACAUCGACGAGUGCCUCAUCGAGCGCUUCAAGUGCGAGGAAUCCUGCACCAAUGAGCUGCACAAGAGCUCGGUGCCGUACAUGAUCUACUCGAACACCACCUCGUUCGUGGGCGUGAAUGCCUUUGUGCAGGCCCAGUGCGUCUGCGAGGCUCCUUUGAUGCGGCCCUGCCUCAACGGAGGAUCGCCGCGUUUCGGGGAGAACGAUGUGUGCGACUGCAUUGAUGGGUUUACCGGACCCCACUGCGAACUCGUUUCCGUGGCCUUUUACGGCUCUGGUUAUGCCUUCUACCAGCCCAUUGCCGGCUGCAAUAACACCCAGAUCAGCUUGGAGAUCACGCCGCAGAUCGACGAGGGUCUGAUCCUGUACCUGGGCCCCCUGAACUUCAAUCCCCUGCUGCCCAUCUCCGACUUCCUCUCCCUCGAACUGGACAACGGCUACCCCGUGCUGACGGUGGACUACGGCUCGGGGGCCAUUCGCAUUCGCCACCAGCACAUCAAGAUGGUGGCCGACCGCAGCUACCAGCUGGACAUCAUCCUGCAGCGCAAGAGCAUCGAGAUGACGGUGGACAACUGCCGGCUGUCCACCUGCCAGACGCUGGGCGCGCCCAUCGGACCGAAUGAGUUCCUCAACGUGAACGCCCCGCUGCAGCUGGGUGGCACGCCGGUGGACCUGGAGCAGCUGGGCAGGCAGCUCAACUGGACGCACGUGCCCAGCCAGAAGGGAUUCUUCGGCUGCGUCCGCAACCUGACCAUCAACGAGCAGACCUACAACCUGGGCAUGCCCUCCUACUUCCGCAACAUCGACAGCGGCUGCCAGCAGUCGGUGGCCGUGGCGUUUAGCUUCGGCAUCGAUCGCAACUUCAUCAUCGCGAUUAUCGUCUGCCUGGCGCUGCUCAUGAUCAUCCUGCUGGCCGUGGUGGUGCAGAAGAAGCAGAAGAACGGCUGGCACGAGAAGGACAUCGACGACAUCCGCGAGACGAUCAUCAACUACGAGGACGAGGGCGGCGGCGAGCGGGACACGGAGUACGAUCUGAAUGUCCUUCGCAGCCAACCGUACGAGGAGAAGCUGUACAAGGACCCCUAUGCGCUGCAGUCGAGCAUGCGGGAUCCCAACGAGAUACCGGACAUCGCCGACUUCCUCGGCGACAAGAAGGAGAACUGCGACCGCGACGUGGGCGCCACCACGGUGGACGAUGUGCGGCACUAUGCCUACGAGGGCGACGGCAACUCCGACGGCAGCCUGUCCAGCUUGGCCUCCUGCACCGACGACGGCGAUCUCAACUUCGACUACCUGUCCAACUUUGGGCCGCGCUUCCGCAAGCUGGCCGACAUGUACGGCGAGGAGCCCUCGGACACGGACUCCAAUGUGGACGACGACCAGGGCUGGCGCAUCUAGGAAUCUUCGCCAGCAGACGUAGAAAUUGAAAAGACUUUUUAUAUGCUAAGAGUUGUACGGAUGUUGAUAGUGUCAAGGGACGAGGAGCCGGCCUAGCCGGUCCCAAAGUCGGGAUUCAAUACCCAUAUGGGUAAACUAUAUAUUAUAUAUAUAUAUAUUUUUAUGGAGGAGUUUUGCAAGGGCCCGGGGGAACAAGUUUUUGUUUUUUGUUUUGUAAAUGCAAAAAGUGAUCUUGAUCUUACGUAAAUGAACUAUUUAAACUAGCGCUAACACUAAUUUGUAGCCAAGCAACUGCGAACAAACCACAAACUUCUGCAGACUUCUUGUUAUUGCUUCGAUUCCACACACAAACGAGUUAGAAAUACAAAUGAUCGAAAUAGAAAUGUCCGAAAUAUUCCUAUAAAGCGAAUUCGAAAUCAGUAUGCUUAAGAAUUCAUAAUACCAACCCUAGUUAGUAGGCUAUUUUAGUUGAACAUACAUUACACAACAAAGUAUGAAGAAUUAUAUCGCAUUAGCUCUUCGACAGACAGAUCUUCAAUUAGAAAGGAAAUAAACACAAAAUCAAAGCUGAACUAAAUUCGAUAAGACAAGUCGGUACAUCUAAGUUAACACAGUAAUCUUAAUUUAUCUAGAACUUUAAACCCUAUCAAUAUCAGUAUAAGUUCUUGGGGUUGUCUUCUAGUACAUGUAUAAAUCAGUUUAACCUAAUCUAAACUUAUCCAAUCGAGAGGGAGCCCCGAAGUUCCGAGACUUCCUGUAAUUAUGAACGUAACACGCGUGCAGAUAUAUAUCCAUGUUAUAUUAAAAGGGAUAUAUGAUAUAUAUAUUCAA